GCAACACUUGCAAGAAAAACGCUGUCUUCGAUCAAAAUAAGUAGCCAAGUGCUCUGGCAGUUUGUUUCGGUAUAUGAACCAGGCUAUCCUGGAUAAGGCCUUGCCGGAUACCAACGGUCAGCUCACUGUACGUAAACGAAACCAAACCCGCCUCUUGGAGACUUAUCUGACCGGAGUUGUGUGAUCUCUUCAGUUCAAAUAGAGAGGACAAAAUCACAAACACCUGGUAGAUCUGCGUAAUUUUUUCUUUCGGUUGAAAGAGAUACAGGGAUGCGGAGGACUUCUUCGUUGCUCGCCUCCUUCCCCCUCUCUUCUUCAGCGAGAGAUGCCGCUGCCUUUCGAACUGAGCUCCGUGUCAUCAUUCCACCAUCUCCUAAAAGGAAUGCUGCAUCAUCUUCUCGUGAAACCACCCCCAAUAAGAACACCCGGGGUGGAAACCCGGAGUUGCAAAGCCUGGUGAUCGAACGAUGUCGAUUGGAGGCUCUUACAAUCGAAGAUGCGAUCGAUUUGUUUGACACUGCAGCGAGUGCGAGCCCGAAACCCUCCAUCUAUGCCAUCAACGUCCUCCUCAACGCCAUCCGUCGAAUGAAGCAUUACCCAACUGUUCUCUCUCUAUAUAACAAACUAAAUCAAUUGCAAGGAAUCCCGCCCAACAUCCACACAUAUGGAGUCCUUAUCAACUGCUGCUGUCGCAUGAAUUGGGUGGAUUUGGGCUUCGGCGUCUUUGGGGACCUCCUGAAACGUGGCCAUGUCCCCAACGCCAUAAUCUUCAACUCUCUUGUCGAUGGUCUCUGCUCCGAGAAGAGGGUAAGCGAAGCAGCCAUGGUGUUCGAUAGAAUGUCUCUGAUGGGAUGUCAACCAGAUGUGUUCGCAUACAAUGCUCUGAUCAAGGGGCUGUGCAGCACUGGUAGCAUGGGCUUGGCACUGGAGCUGCAUCAGAAGAUGGCCGCCUUGGAUGGUUGUUGCAAACCUGAUGUGGUUACAUAUAGCACAAUUAUCUAUAACCUUUGCAAAGAGGGAGCUGUAAGCAAGGCUCUUAAACUGAUCGAUGAAAUGACUCAUGCUGGUGUUGCCCCGGAUGUUCGCACUUACACCAGCAUUAUUCAUGGGCAUUCCACUUUAGGCCACUGGAAAGAGGCUGUCACUAUUUUCAAGGAAAUGGUCAAUCGAGGCCUUUCACCGGAUGUGGUGACGUUCAACAUACUGAUGGUUCAACUUUGCAAGCAUAAAAAGACUGCAGAAGCUCAUAAACUACUUGAUUUGAUGAAUGAAAGAGGUGAAAAACCUGAUGUAAUCUCAUAUACUACAUUGGUGCAUGGAUAUUGUCAGGAGAGCUGUCUCAUAGAUGCAAGGAAAGUCUUUGAUUCCAUGUCAGAUAAAGGUCUUUCUCCUAAUUGUCAUACAUACUCUGCCUUGAUCAAUGGACUCGUCAAGAAUCAAAAAAUGGAUGAUGCUAUGGAGCUAUUCAAGAAAAUGCAACGACAAGGUUUGAAGCCUAGUGUUGUUACCUAUAAUACUUUACUAGAUGGACUAUGCCACCUUGGAAGAGUGGAGGAUGUUGGAAGCCUCCUUGAUGAGAUGGUUGCACAAGGGAUCCACCCAAAUGUAAUCACUUACAACUCUAUGAUAUGUGGUUUUGGUAGAUUGGGGAAGUGGAAAGAGGCUUUUCAGUUUCUAAAUGAAAUGAUAGAGCGAGGAAUCCGUCCUGACAUCGUGACACUAUCUUCAUUGAUCAAUUUCAUAUGUAAAGAAGGAAAGGUUCAAGAGGCGCAUGGAUUAUUGGAAAAGAUGAUUAGGGGGGGUAUGGAGCCUAAUGUUGUUACUUAUAAUACACUAAUGGAUGGUUACUGUAUGGUAGGGCAAAUGAAUGAUGCAGUGAGAGUUUAUGAUUCGAUGGUUUCAAAAGGCCAUAAGCCCAAUGCUGCAACAUACAAUAUAUUAAUUGAUGGAUAUUGCAAAAGGUGGAGGAUUGAUGAGGCUCUGAGUCUCUUUAAUGCAAUGCCUCGUAAUGGAGUGCAGUGUACAACAAUUGUAUACAACACCAUGAUAGCUAGAUUGUACCGUGUUAGUAGGGUUGCUGAUGCUGAAAAAUUCUUUGACGAGAUGCUUGCUGCUAGGGUAUGCCCAGACCUUUACACAUACAACAUAAUCUUGGAUGGGCUUUGCAAAAACCAGUGUAUUGAUAAAGCUAUGAAGCUAUUUCAGGAUGCAUUAUCAUCUGAUGUUAAUCUCAACAUUAUCUGUUUCACCACCCUAAUUGAUGGUUUGUUUAAAGCUGGUAAAAUCAAUGAAGCCAAAAAUCUCUUCAAUGCUAUCCCUACCACCAAAGAUUUGAAGCCAACUAUUGUCACAUACACAAUAAUGGUGAAAGGACUAAUAAAGGAAGGGUUGUUUGAUGAGGUUGAUUAUUUGCUCUUGGACAUGGAGAAAUCUGAUUGUCCUGCAAAUUCUGUCAUGUUCAAUGUCAUGGUUCGUUGUUUGCUGGAGAAAAAUGAGAUAGCAAAAGCAAUGGAAAUUAUUAGAAAAAUGAAGGAGAAAAGCUUUUCUUUUGAGGCAUCAACUACUUCUCAGGUAUUCGAGGCAUUGUCAAAGAAUGGACAGUAUCAUGAUUAUCUGAAGUUGCUUCCAGAUUUUUCCGAGCACCAUGCAAAGUGAUGAAGUCAUCAUGAAUCAUUAAUAUGAGUUUGCUAAUAAUUGUACAACAAAUGGAUAUUUCAACUGAGUUGCCUUUUUUGUGAGAUCUGAUUCUAUCAUGAGUGCCGACAGACGACUAAAUAAUAUUUAGCCUUGAAUGCCAGAUCCAGCUUUUUUAGGAACUAUGGUUCUGGAAAUAGGUUUUGUAUGUCGGUGGACCUACUCCAGUGUUGUUGUCAGGGAACUGGAAACAUCAUGGUUAUGGGAAGAGUUGUGCCGAACGACUGUAUUCUGCCUUAGACAAUGGCAUUGCGAUGGCCACCAUUGAGGGGGAAGCCAGGCAUCUGAAUUUGAUCGUGGUUGCUUUGGAGCAGAUGAAGAGACAAGUUCCACAUGUUCUUUGAAGAAAAUGGUAGAAUUGUGGUGAAUCUGAAGGGUGAAAUGCAGAAGUCGAUAUCACUGAACUUACUGGAACGAUUGUGCUGAUAUUUGGCAUGGAUUGCAGCUCGCAUUUGCAUCCAGUGUGACAAGCAAUGAGGAUCCAAAUUCAUGCAGACAUUCCAGAUUGUGAGUUUGGUAUCACAAGCACCUUCUGUUGUAGUGAUGACAUAGGCCACUGGUUGUGAUCAAUUGAGUUCAUGACUGACGUGAUCGAGUAUAUAAGUGGUUGAAUGGCAUCUCUUUCUGCAAUGGUUCAGCUUGAACCACCCCAUGUCAACAUUCUUUCAAACAUGGACCUAGUAACAAAAAAGAAGGAUCUUCAGGAUUACCUCAAUCCAAAGCAAUGGGUUUCACUGUCAGAGUUGAAUCAGCAUAUGGCACCAUCAUUUGCAAAGCUGAAUAAAGCUUUGACAGAAUUGGGUUUUGUGUAGGUUGAUGACUUCAGUAUGGUGAAUUUUGUGCCCCUUGACUUGAGAAAAAAGGCAUACAAUGUAUUGUCAUACAUCGGCAACUACAUCCUGUGUGGUGAAGAUGCUGAUGUGAAGCUAAUGUUGAGCUCAGCAUGAGGGAGAGGCCGAAGAAGAACACACAUAAGAUAAAACAAAUGCUUGUGGUUGUUUCUUCAGGCAAUAAUUUGGGAGUGGGGAAGCAGCUUGUUUUGGAUUGCUGACCUCCCAGCUUGUUUGGAAUUAGCUUUUACCAUCAAACAAAAUGUGUAUAGUCAUAUAGUAGUCAAAAUGGACAGUUUCCUGUGUCUGAUGUUGUCCAUACGAUGCUACUUGUAUGGUGAAUAAAUUGGUCCGGUUCUCCUUUA